GGGACGGCUGGACUCCAUUAAGCCGAAGCCUGCAGGAAAACUGUUUGGGAUACUUCACUUCUUGAGCGAGUUCUUGUGGGAUUUCUUUCUGUUUUUGUCGUCAGAAAAACUCUCCAUACAUGAUUUAAAGAGGGGGAACCUGUUCUGAACCGUGUAGUAGACUGUUUUAGUGGUUUUUUUUCGUCUUUGUGAAGGAUGGCACUGGACGGGAUCCGGAUGCCCGAUGGCUGUUACGCCGACGGGACGUGGGAGCUGAAGAUGCAUGUAACUGACCUCCACAGGGACGUGUCUUUGAGGGUCACUGGGGAAAUCCAUAUCGGAGGAGUAAUGCUCAAACUCGUGGAGAAACUAGAUGUAAAGAAGGACUGGUCGGACCAUGCUUUGUGGUGGGAGAAGAAGAAGACAUGGCUGUUAAAAACCCACUGGACGUUGGACAAGUACGGCAUCCAAGCCGACGCCAGGCUGCUUUUCACGCCGCAGCACAAGCUCCUGCGCCUCCAGCUGCCCAACAUGAAGCACAUGAAGGUCAAGGUCAACUUCUCGGACCGCGUCUUCAAGGCUGUGUCCGACAUCUGCAAAACCUUCAAUAUCCGCCACCCAGAGGAGCUCUCUCUACUGCGCAAGCCCCGUGAUCCCAAGAAGAAGAAGAAGAAGUUGGAGGAGGCAGAGGAGGACGAUCUGGAGCUGGAGGGUCCGCUGCUAACCCCUGGAUCAGCCUCUGAGAUAAUAUACAUCGGACCUGUCAAAGGGAGCAUCUACUCCAGUCCAGGCUUGUACAGUAAGACUAUGACCCCGACCUAUGACUCCAGAGAUGGCAGCCCACUGUCACCAACCACUGCCUGGUUCGGGGAUAGCCCCCUUUCCGAGGGAAACCCCAGCAUCCUUGCUGUCAGUCAGCCAAUCUCCUCACCUGACAUCCUGGUCAAACUCUACAAGCCCCAGUCCCUACUGGACAAAGCCAAAAUCAACCAGGGGUGGUUGGAUUCGUCCAGGUCUCUGAUGGAGCAGGAUGUGAAGGAGAACGAGGUGCUGCUACUGAGGUUUAAAUACCACAGUUUCUUUGACCUGAACCCUAAGUACGAUGCCAUCCGAGUGAACCAGCUCUAUGAACAGUCCAAGUGGGCCAUCCUGCUGGAGGAAAUUGAGUGCACAGAAGAGGAAAUGAUGAUGUUUGCUGCCCUGCAGUACCACAUCAACAAGCUGUCAAUCAUGUCUUCAGACAACCACAUGAAUAACAGUGAGAAGGAGGUGGAUGAGGUGGAUGCAGCCCUCUCAGACCUGGAGAUUACUUUGGAGGGAGGGAAGACGUCCAACACACUGGGUGACAUCACGUCUAUUCCUGAGCUAGCAGACUACGUCAAAGUCUUCAAACCCAAGAAACUGACACUGAAGGGCUAUAAGCAGUACUGGUGCACAUUCAAGGAUAUCACAAUUUCCUGUUACAAGAGUAAAGAGGAAUCACACGGGACGCCUGCUCACCAAAUGAAUCUUAGAGGUUGUGAGGUAACUCCAGAUGUUAACAUCUCGGGUCAGAAAUUCAACAUCAAGCUGUUAAUCCCCGUGGCUGAUGGCAUGAAUGAGAUCUGGCUUCGGUGUGACACAGAGAAACAGUACGCCCACUGGAUGGCUGCCUGUCGCCUGGCCUCCAAAGGAAAGACCAUGGCCGACAGCUCUUACAACCUAGAGGUCCAGAACAUUUUGUCCUUCCUCAAGAUGCAGCACAUGAACCCUGACCCUCAGUUCAUCGAGCCAAUCACCACUGACAUCAACCCGGAGUGCCUGGUGUCCCCACGCUAUCUUAAGAAGUACAAGAACAAGCAGCCAGGCUAUAUCAGGGACUUGAUUUCAGCCCGGAUCCUUGAGGCCCACCAGAAUGUGGCUCAGAUGAGUCUCAUCGAGGCCAAGAUGCGCUUCAUCCAGGCAUGGCAGUCCCUGCCCGAGUUUGGAAUCACUCAUUUCCUCGCCAAGUUUCAGGGUGGAAAGCGGGAAGAGCUGAUAGGCAUCACUUAUAACCGUUUGAUCCGGAUGGAUGCCGGAACUGGAGAUGCUAUCAAGACCUGGCGCUUCAGCAACAUGAAACAGUGGAACGUCAACUGGGAGAUCAAGAUGGUAACGGUGGAGUUUGCAGACGAGCCCAGUCUGUCGUUCAUCUGUGCCGAGGUGGACUGUAAAGUGGUGCACGAGUUCAUCGGGGGCUACAUCUUCCUGUCAACGCGCGCCAAGGACCAGAAUGAGUCUCUAGACGAGGAGAUGUUCUAUAAGCUGACUAGUGGCUGGGUCUGAGCGGCUCUAAAGCGGAAAAUAAAUGAAGUAUAAACGGGGUCAACGCUUGCCGGUCACGGCCAAGGAGGGGAGCAUCCGGCUCGUGUAAGGGGGGGGGUUUAUUUUAUUCUACUAUCUCUGUGUUUUUAUUGUUUGGAGCUGUGAGUCCAGAACAGCACUACUAUUGCCAUGGCUGACACUAUUUUAUGAUUAUAUAUAUAUAUAUAUAUAUAUAUAUAUAAUGUUGCAUUAAUGCUGACAAAUCAUUUGUUACAUGACUUUAAUUGUGGUGCAGUCCAGAUGAAAUGAAGGAGUCAAACUCCUGUGGUUAAGAAGAAGCCUUACAGAAAACCUUGAGUUUCCCUACGACCAGCUGGACUGACAGCCAUCAACCUAACGUCCAUAGCAACCCUUUAAAACCAAUCAAAGCCCAGAUUUAAUCCCAAAGAUAUUUUUUUCUCCGUCUUUUUUAAUCUCUUCUAAAACUAAAGGAGCUGACAUCAAACUGACUUUAUGUCCUUAACUUUAUUUAUCCUAAGACAGAUUUCAUAACAGAAUCGAAUGAGACGGUGUUUGGAGACAGCUCUACCUGUCCACUCUUCUCCGCUCUAUGAAGGGUUAAAUCUCUUUGAAGUCACAUGGAAGCACUUCUACACUAAACAGUCCUCUUUUUGAAUAAGCUGAUGGUGACAUUUUUCUUCUGCGUCAAUGUCUUUUCUUUUUUUUUUUUUUCGUCUUUGUUUCAAAGUUUUGUUUUCUUUUUAAUGGUGAGCAUUUCUGAAAACACACUACACUUCAGUGCACUGGGACGACAGUCCUGUUGGUUUCAUGAAUCUUUCCCAGCUGAUGUAAAUGACCUCGCUGCAAAAAAUGCUCACGCUAAAAAGUCAAUAAUUCCAGUGUCCUCGUCUUGUCUAAUGACCUCUAAUAGAAAUGUCAGUAGAUCUAAUGAGUCCAUGUGUAUUUAAAACAUACCAUCCUCUGUUUUUGAAAACUGAAUAUGAAGCUAUGUUACUCUUCAGGAUGAUCCAUUUCCUUUGCCAUACUCAUACUCUCAUCUUCUGACCUGGUGCACGUCUAAAAGUGCCAACGUGCAUUCAUUCUGUCCCUUAACAUGUCUGUUAAUGGCUGCUAAAUGUCUCAUUCAAUCUCAACAGCAUGUUUAAAAUUGCAUCCAGAGAUUUGAAACCCAUUAUAACAUCUCACUGCAUGAACAUGAAAAAAAACCAGGAGGGAUUGUUACUCCCUUUUCCACCGUUACCUUUUAAUGGCCAUUCUGUUCCUCACACCAUAUAGUAUUAUUAUUAUUAUUAUUAUUGUCAUCAUUUUUAUCAUUACACACCAGCAAAAAGGUCACCAAGUUUGAAGAAUGAAUAUGCAAUGUUUUUUUUUUUUUGUGUGUCUGUCCUGAGUAUGAAGGAUCAGUAAAUGAAGUAUUA